AUGUCGUGGAAGAAGACGGAUAGGUUGAUGGACACCAUCAGGCAUUACGCCAGUUUCCCGGCAACUGGCGUGAGCUUGAGGCAGAUGGUUCAGUUCGGAGAGAGACCGUCAGUUGGAACCCUCUUCCGUGCCUCCCAAUUCCUCGCCGAAGAACUGCCAAUUCGUCUCGCCCACCGCGUCCAAGAACUCGAUGAGCUGCCUGACGGUCUCAACGACAUGCCCUCCGUAAGGCGGGUGCAAGAUUGGUACGCACAGUCGUUCGAGGAACUUACACAACUCCCACGACCUGAUCUGGACAGGAGCACAAAGGAAAGGCUCAUGAGGCCAAGCAAGUCAUACGGCAAGGCUAUGCUGUCCGAGGCGACAAGAAAUCCGAGCAUCGAAGAGGGGCAAUACGCAUCCCUCCCGCAAUCUAACGGCAAUGGCCACAACAAGCAGAAGGCCGUUGCCGCAAGGAGAUACUUCGCCAUGGUCGACGACACAGGAGACUGGCCCGCCGAUCUGCGACUCUACAAUGAAAGAUUUGCAAAGGCUCUUCACGGCAUCAAGAGGCGCCACGACGGUGUCGUAACGACGAUGGCCCAGGGCAUUCUGGAGUACAAGCGCAAGAGGCAGCGCAUGCAGAUCGACAACAACAUACAGUCGUUCCUUGACCGAUUCUACAUGUCACGUAUAGGUAUCCGUAUGCUUAUCGGUCAGCACAUCGCCUUGACCGACCAAAGCCACCACCGCGACCCCACCUACGUUGGUAUCAUUUGUACCAAGACGAACGUCCAGGACCUCGCGCAGGAGGCAAUCGAGAACGCGCGCUUUGUAUGCGAGGACCACUACGGACUUUUCGAGGCACCCAAGAUUCAGCUUGUGUGCAACCCAAACAUCAACUUCAUGUACGUUCCUGGGCAUUUGUCGCAUAUGCUUUUCGAGACGUUGAAGAACUCUCUUCGCGCCGUCGUCGAAACCCAUGGCCAAGACAAGCAGGAGUUCCCGGUGACGAAGGUCAUUGUCGCCGAAGGAAAAGAGGACAUCACCAUCAAAAUCUCAGACGAAGGUGGCGGCAUCCCGAGAAGCGCCAUCCCGCUCGUCUGGACUUAUAUGUACACCACUGUCGACAGGACGCCGAACCUGGACCCGGACUUUGAUAAGAGCGAUUUCAAGGCGCCUAUGGCUGGAUUUGGAUACGGGUUGCCCAUCUCCCGUCUGUAUGCGCGGUACUUUGGCGGCGACCUGAAGUUGAUCAGCAUGGAGGGAUACGGCACAGACGGACCAGCAGUCAUGAGAGACAGAAACGCUCGAGGACUGACGCUGGGGCUGAGAUAUAGUUUGCACAAGAGGCUGAAGGAUCGCGAGAUCACGGAGCGUCGGCAGGUUGGCGACGCCCAGGAGAUGAUGAACCGGGGCGGCGACGCCAAUCCAGGUUAUUACAAGCGCGACAGCGACUUGUAA